UCUUGCAAGAAAAAAGUACUGUAACUGUCACUGCAACAAGCUAAAACCCUAAAAGCUGUUUCUUUAGAAUCUUGACUCUCAACGAUGGCGUUCUGCUACCAAUCUCCGAUCAAACCCAUAACCUUCCCUCUACAAAAACCUCUCUCCAAGCAAAAACCCCUCGUCAUUUGCAACCUAUCCUUACCUUCCAGAUACCCACUGACAAGCAUCGAGCCCGAGCCCGUUUACGCUUCUGUUAAGGCCUUCGCACCCGCCACUGUUGCCAAUCUUGGUCCUGGGUUUGACUUUCUUGGCUGCGCCGUCGAUGGCGUCGGUGACUUUGUCUCCCUCAGCAUUGACCCACAAGUCCAUCCCGGCGAGAUCGCCAUCUCCGAAAUCACCGGCGAUAACGCCAACAAACUCAGCAAGAACCCACUUUGGAACUGUGCCGGAAUCGCUGCUAUUGAAGUCAUGAAGAUGCUUGGGGUCCGAUCUGUUGGCCUAUCGCUAUCGCUCGAUAAGGGCUUGCCGUUAGGAAGCGGUCUUGGAUCGAGUGCGGCCAGCGCGGCGGCUGCGGCAGUAGCGGUGAACGAGAUUUUUGGAGGGAAAUUGGGGGUUGAGGAUUUGGUACUGGCUGGGCUUAAAUCGGAGGAGAAGGUAUCUGGGUACCACGCUGACAACGUGGCACCGGCGAUUAUGGGAGGCUUCAUAUUGAUUCGAAACUAUGAGCCUUUGGAGUUGAUUCGCUUGAGUUUUCCUACAGAUAAGGAGCUGUUUUUUGUGCUGGUGAGUCCAGAAUUCGAAGCUCCGACGAAGAAAAUGCGAGCAGCGUUGCCGGCAGAGAUUGGAAUGCCGCACCACGUCUGGAAUUGUAGCCAAGCGGGAGCAUUGGUGGCAUCUGUGUUGCAAGGGGAUUUGGUGGGGUUGGGAAAGGCAUUGUCUUCUGACAAGAUUGUGGAGCCGAGGCGGGCACCUCUGAUUCCGGGCAUGGAAGCGGUGAAGAAGGCUGCCAUUGAGGCCGGGGCAUUUGGGUGCACCAUCAGCGGAGCUGGGCCGACUGCGGUUGCAGUGACUGAUAACGAGGAGAAAGGGAAAGAGAUUGGUGAGCAAAUGAUCAAUGCUUUCUUGAAAGAAGGCAAAUUGAAAGCUGUGGCGAACGUUCAGAGGCUCGACCGGGCUGGUGCCAGGCUCAUUGGUAGUAUACCCAGAUAAUCCAUGAAGGGUAUUUGUUGAAUCAUUAAUCUUCCCUCGUUCUGGUUUUUCGGUUUCUAGUUGAAUUUGACAACAACUCAUCACUAGAUACAUGUGGUGGUGUGGCCGAAAGUAAUCACUAAAUUCAAAAUUUUGACUAAGCUUGCUUUCAAUAUUAGGUGCGGUGUUGUUCUAUUUUCUUCAAUUGGUUAUGGUUUCAACAUGUAGCUUUUUCCCAGCUCGGAAAUAAAAUGGUGAUUAAGCACCAAAAUUCACAGCCCCAAAAUGGGUUGUUGCUUCUCUCUUUA